GCCCUCCCCUCUCUCUCUCCAUCACCGAGGGAGGGGGACUUGUGCUCACGUGCACUCGCUGCGCGCCCCCAAUCAGUUGAACAGAGGGUGCGAUACAUAAUCCAGCCCCAGGAAGGGGACACCCUCCUCACUCUUUCCCUCCUGUCAAGCCCCCGGAGCUGCAGACGCCGCACAGCCCGCGGACCGAGACGCCUACGCCGCCGCCUCUUGCUCCUGAGCGGAUGGAGAAUCGGGCUUUGAGGAGGACGUGUGCCGCGGUUGUUGCGGGUUGUGCAUGACUUCCAGCGGACGUGCAAGGACGGGGCAGAGCGGAGGACCAGACAGUGCUCUACUGGAGACGUAAACAUUGCCAUGCCCUGCUGCAUGCAGCACCUCCUCCGACCCGCUGCCUGCUCCUCCCCUGGUCCAGGACUCACGGCUCAGCCUUAGAGGACAACAGCAGGAGAACCAGAAGGUAACGCUGCUGUCGAGGCGGAAUUAUUUCGGAGACGUGGUGAAGUUGCGUUCGGGAUAGGAGGCUGCGGCGGGCCAAGGUCCUCUCUGCGCUGUUCCUAUCCUGCAUCCUGGCUUAGCCGUGUCCGCGUUGCGCGGCCAUGCUUCAGGCAGCAUCCUCCGACCUGUUCCCGACUUGAGCUUCACUCUGUUGGAUUAAAAGAAGUUUCCGGCUGCAGAAAAAACUACUCCAGGUCCUUGUGCAUAUUUGUCAUUAUUGUUUUCUACUCUGGGAACGUUCCCACUCUUUUAGAAACUGUGAUAAUGACCAUAUUUCAUGAUAGUUUAGAUUGUGGCUGGCUUUAUUUCAGACCCAGACUGACCACACUUUCCAAAGAUGCGAUCAACUGCCGACGUUUUAAUAAGUAAAGUGUCUCAAACAUCAUUCAGAGCUGCCCCUGCAUGAGUGCUCAGUGGGACGGGUCUCGUUAUUAUCACAGUUCACAUUAAGGCAGCACCAUGGGUGCCAAGCAGACCAAAGGCCAGGAGCCUGGAGGAGCCAGUCCUCAGCACAGCUGGAAGCGAACGCCCACCAAAGAGAAGGGAGACAUCCUAGCUUCCCUCAUGCUGAAGUCGGGGGACCGACUGAACCGUGGCGGGACGCCGCCGCCCUACCAGCGCCGCAUCGGCAUGAUCCAGGAGAUGAUGCUGAUGGCCAAGCAGGGGAAGCAGGAUGAGGCCACGGAGAUGCUGAAGACGCUCCGACAGGACCUGGGCAUGGAGUCAACAUCCCUGGAUGACGUGCUGUACCGCUACGCCAGCUUCAGAAACCUGGUUGAUCCCAUCACACACGACCUGAUUAUCAGCCUGGCAAGAUAUGUCCACUGCCCCAAGACGGAGGGAGACUCUCUGGGGGCGAUGGAGAAGGUUUGUCGUCAGCUGACCUACCAUCUCAGCCCCCACUCUCGAUGGAGGAGACAGGGCCUGCUCAAGAGGAAACCUCAGGCCUGUCUGAAGGCGGUGCUGUCGGCCCCUCCCUCCAGCGGGGCUCUGGAUCUUUCCGGCAUCCCUCUGACGGCUCGGGACAUGGAGCGCCUGUGCGCUCACCUACAGCGGCACGCGUCAACCGUGGUCAGCUUGGAGCUGGGCUUCACCGAGCUGACGGAUGAGGCUUUCCUCCUGCUCCUCCCGACGCUGGCCGCCCUGCCGCACCUGGAGACCCUGGCCCUGAACGGAAACAGGCUGACCAGAGCUGUUCUGAAGGAGCUGACUGACGCCCUGAAGGAUCCAGGCAGUUUCCCGAGUGUGACGUGGAUUGACCUGGGCAACAACGUAGACAUCUUCUCCCUGCCGCAGCCCUUCCUGGUCAGCCUGAGGAAGCGCUGUCCCAAGCAGGGCAACCUGCCCACCAUCCUGGAGUUUGGAGAGAGCCAGGCCAGCGACCCGCCUGAAAGGCUGCGGGGUCUCGGGGAGGAGGAGGAGACGGACGACACCAACCGGACGGAGAGCAUGGGCGACCUCCGGUCGGAGGUGGAGGAGGAGCUGGACGGAGAGAUGGAGAUCGAAGAGAUGAUGGAGGAGCUGCUGGACUUCGACAGGGAGGUGCAGGGGAAGGACGAGGAGGAGAGCAUGUGGACGGUGGGGGAGCAGAGGAAGGGGGUGAGCAGGAGGAAGGGCAGGCGAGAGGAGGACGAGGACGAGGAGGAGGAGCAGCAGAAGGUGAAGAGGAGAGAACAGCGGCCAGGGAAGAGGCCCGUGAUGGCAGAGGACGAGGACGACACUCAGAGCCGCUCCUCCCGCCUGUCCUGCUCCAGUCAAUCUCAGCACUCCUCCGGAGCUGUUGAGGCGAUGAGAGUGGAGGAGGAGGACUUUACCGACCAGUCAGACCACUUGACCUGAUUGCCGCUCCCCCUCUGCUUAUGUUUCCCCCUUCUGUGGCCAGUCCUGUGUGGAUGGAGGCGAAAGAAGACUGAUUGUGCUGAAAAAGGCUGCAGUGUUGCAUGUAAUCCAUAUGAACAUGCCACUCGACUCUCCCUCCACAAGCCACCGCCGCAGCCUUCAGGACUGUGACAUGAAAAGCCAACCUCAGCCGGGACGUGUGUUUUAUCGUGUCAAGUGUUUUACGUACAAAUAGAGCGAGGAUGCUACUGCAUAGGAUAGACUGGCUUUUAUUGUAUGGUAUGUCUUUAAUCAGGUCCCCUCUUCCUUGUAAUCCUGGUAAUACCUAAAUGUGCCUGUAACACGUCAGAUUACCGGCUCAAGUUGUGUCCUGAAAGGUCCAACGAGAGCAGAACACACACACAACCAAACACAGGUACACAGUAACCAGUCAUGGCCCUUAAAUCUUUUGCUCAUGCCAAAAAUUGCAAGUGGAAACGGAACACGUGUCCAGCCCCCAAAUAAGUCGACAGCUAGCCAGACGGAUCAGAAGAUCGAGCCAUUUGUGGAAGUCGGUUGCUGCUCAAGACGCGUUUCGGUGGAGGAGAGGAGCACUGAAGUUGAAAUAGGAAAAAAACCUGUAAGGAAAUCGACAAACAAAGGCCUGACGGUGGGUAGUGAGGGCGGUAGAAAAAAAUCCUGUUUUGAAAGAAGAAAUGCUGCUGAGCAUCCAUGAAAAGUAGACAAAUGUGGCAAUCUGACUGCAUUGUGGCCCCAGAGCAAAGCGCUGAAAAAUUUAGUAGCCUUUUCCUUAUAAUCCAGGUCAUGAUUCACGACACAGUACUCUACGCUGGAGUGCGACAUUUGCUUUCAGUGCCGUGUUUAUAUAUAGGCCACUACAAUGAUUGCAUUCACCAGUGCUGUCCGCUGGGUUACAACGUAUACUUACGUAGUAUGUAGCUCUCACCCGGCUUGAGCUUUCCCUCCAC